ACCCUCCAUCCCUCCUUCUCCCCUCUGUCAUCUCACUCUCAGAGGAAGCAUCAGAAUGGGCUGCCGUUGCACUCGAAUAAAGGACAAAAUCCGCGAACCUCCUCAUCAACGCUACGUUGGGGAGCUGCACUACGUGAACGAGUACGGUCAGCCGAUGGCUGUCCAAGAACGACGGGGAUGUGGCCACAGGAGGCAGCAGUCGCGCUGCGUUACCGAGUGCAACACUCCUCCAGAGAGACACUGGGAGGCGCUGAGAGCCAUGGGAAUGGUCGAGGGAGAGGAAAGUCAAAGAAACAGAUUUCUAGCAGGGCCCCACUAUGGUCACAUGGCCGUCUCACCUGCCCUAUAUUCAACUAACAGUCACAUGAUGAUGUCGUCUGAUGCAUAUCCGCACAACAGCUUCCUGCCCAGAUCGCCGAACGAACAUCACCUGGGUAACAACUACCUGCCAGCCAUCUCCUACAGCUUAGAUCACCUGGACAGACUAGACUACCAGGAACCAGAAAUGUCACCGUACCAGCCGAACUCGGAGAGUUGUCUAAUCGAACGCUACAGCAAUGAAGGGCCGAACAACGUAUCCAGACAGGUGGACCACAGUUGGCUCUCUGAUCGCCCUCUGGGUUUCCUUCCUCUCAGUGAACUGGACAGUGGGCUUGGAUGCACUCACGAUAGCCCGAACCACCAGUUCGUGCUCUCUGAAGCCGAGACAGACGCACUGUCGUCCCUACCGGGCCACACCCCCUCGUCCCAGGGCUCCUCCUCUUCCUCCGAGUCCUUGAUCUCAUCCGAACCCAGCGACUCGGGGUUCCACAGUGUCAGCACGGGGGAGCACAGGCGCCUACGCAAGAUCCAUACGGGACCCCAUCUGCACUUAGGCCUCUGCGCGCGAGAUCAGAGAGGGCGCUGGGAUUUGGAGUCCAUACCGGAAACAACUCCAGUGACUCACGAGGGGGUGCCGUGGGCCUCCCACUGCACCGUGGGAAACAGCACAACCACAACAGUUCACUUCCACAGAGCUGAGAAGAGUCCGACACUACCUCGGCACCAGUCACUACCGUCACCUUCCAUGGGCUGCCGUACUGAGCCCUGCCACCGGAGGGCGCUGUGGCUGGAGCAGCAGCAGGGCGUGCACGGGAUGGUUAGAGGUCCGGGAAGAAGUCGAACGAUACAGGAUUUAAGCGAAGGACAUCGUCGUCGCAGAGCGAGUCACCCUAACAUGAUGGAUCAAAACUCGGUGACAAACAAGGUACAGAGCACCAGUCCAGGAGCAGAUGGCAACACGCUGGCACCAACGAUGAGGGCCAGUUAUCCCAGUAACCCUCAGCCCACCGGUCCGUUCACCGUCGACAGAGCAGGUCCGACCAAUCAGAAGGGGGACUGUCUCGCCAAAAGCCCUGGAUCUGACUCCCGUGGGGCGUCCGACUGGCGGGCAUUCCAGACUCUCGGGAAUCAAUACACAGGCCAACCAAAAGUGACUUCUGUUCCAUGUUAUAACACACUGGGCACACCGACAACCCCUCCGCAGCAACAACAGCCACACUCUCCGCCAUCUCCUCGCUCAAGAACGGCCAAUCAAAAAUCCAUCAGGAAUCAGCUGCUGAGAGCUCGAGCUUCUCGAUUGGCCAGGGAACGCAGCGAGGUAACAACGGACGAGGAAGUGAGGGUCAGAGGCGAGGUGGAAAGAGACAACGGGCGCCUGACGGGAAGAUACUGGAGCCGAACAGAAAGGAGGCGUCAUCUGGCGUUGUCGAGGCAACAUAAAGAGAAGAGAGGAGGAGGAGGAGGAGGAGGAGGAGGAUUCGAAGAGCCGACGGCGGGAGUUCCGGAGGAGGAGGAGGAGGAGGAGAAGAGCCGACGGCGGGAGUUCUGGCGGUGUCCCCGUCCUCUCAGACUCUCCUGGAGCUGA